AUGGUAUUGCCAUCUGCAGUACGAAAUUUAGACUUUCAGUGCCCUUAAAUAUUUACUAUUUGUUUUUAAAUGUUUAGUGGUUGAAGGACCUCGUGUUGAAAAUUAACAAAAUGCAGAUUCACUGAAUUGAAUGUGAAAGAAAUUAUAUAUUAUUAUAUUUAUAGUUUAAGGUAAAAUUUAAUAAAACGUACUGUAUUAGAUAGUUCUAACCUUAAAAUCGUGUUGUCCAAUAAGAAAUGUCAUAAACGGUAUUUGAUAAUAUAACUUCUUGAAUUUUCAUGAAAACUGUUCUGAAUAUUAUAAGUUGUAACGCGGACUAUCAACAACUAUUUUUGAAACUAAUGAAAUAUUUUGUUAUCUCUAAUGUUUAUCGAAAUAGGAUUAUCAAAUGAAUACGUACAACGUUCCGAUUUGUAAUGAUUGUUCUCUACGAUUAACGCAAUGUAAUAUAUAAUAUACGUAUAAUGUAAUGAUGAUUGUACUUAAAUGAUUAACACAAUUGUUACUAUGACAGAUUGUGCUUUUAUUAACCUUUUUCUACUUUUCAAUGUUUUAUUGUUUAUUAAAUUGUCUACUGUUCUAAUGUUUGUCGUUUUCUUUUCAGAAUUGUUGAAAAUAUGAUUACUCUGAGAGGGAAAUUAAAAAAGGACAAUGACAUAGCAAACUCCAAAAACCGAGAUUAUAAUAAACGUGCGUCGGUCCGUGAUAAGUUGUUAAUAAAAGAGGUUCAGGAAAUGCAACAAACUUUACCUAGUACAUGUCAAGUAAAAUUUCAAGAUCCUGAUUGUUUGCAUGAGUUCAUUCUUUUGAUUGUUCCUGAUGAAGGAUAUUGGAUUGGAGGUAGAUUUCAUUUUCAAAUUUAUAUACCUGAGGAAUAUAAUAUGGCUCCACCAAAAGUUAAGUGCUUAACAAAGUUAUGGCAUCCUAAUAUUAGUGAGGAUGGUAAUGUAUGCCUAUCGAUUUUAAGGCAAAGUAGUAUAGAUGAGAUGGGAUGGGCACCAACUCGUAAACUUAAAGAUGUUGUAUGGGGUUUGAAUUCACUUUUCACUGAUCUUUUAAAUUUCGAUGAUCCUUUGAAUCGAGAAGCAGCUGAUCUAUUUAUAAAAGAUAAAGAGUCCUUUCGAAGUAAAGUCAAAGAUUAUGUCAUGCAAUAUGCAAAAAGAUGA